GUCCUAACCUCCAUCUCAAAAUAGCUCGUCGCCUGUCUAGCAAGGACGCCGACAUCAGCAUGGUCGCACCGUCGAGCAGCGGCGUCAUCUUCUCGGGCUUCAACCUCUCGAGUCUCCUCACAGGCGGGUUUCAUCACAGCCACGCGGCACCGUCCGGCGGACCCGCGGCUCCGUCCGGCGGCCACAAGAAGAGCCCGGUCACCAAGCGUGUCUGGCUUCGCAUCGCAUCCAAUCUCCUCGCCGCCAGCGUUCUCUUGUCGUCGCUGGUUACGAUGCUCGUGCUGCUCGCCGAAGGCAUGUUUGACCGGCGCGUCGUUCAGUUCAACUACCAGAACGACGCCGGCUACUGGCGGCCGUUCCAGCAGUCCUGUCGCCUCAAUGCACAAGGCUUUGUGCCCCACUCGUGCUCGGACGACGAACGCGCCGUGCUCAACACGGUCGACGCGUGGUCCGCACUGGGCAUCGAGCUCGCGCUUGCGCUCCAAGUGCCCUCGACCGACGUUUAUUUUGUCACGACGUGUCUUGUCGGGUGUUUGGACGAGACGCAAUCCGCCGAGCUGCACUUGCUCGUCGGCCGCAAUGCCUUCCCAGCGUGCAAGCCGGUGGAAGAGCAGUCUGUGCUCGGGAUGGUCAUGGUCGAAGCCGCGGUGGUUGACGACGUCUUCCCGGACGGCGCCUUCUUGGCGACUAUCUUUGCCGACAUUGCGGCGCGCGAAAGUGUGACGUACAUCAACAGCGACGGCACCACCAACGUUGUGCUGGACAGCCCGACACGGGUUCUUGUCGGCCUCGAUGGCACGACAGAAAUGUCUCCCGAUGGCCUCAACUCGAUCAUCUUUUCGUACCCGCUGGGAGCUCGCUACUUUGUACAGUCGCGCUGCAUCUCUCAAAUCGUCGACAUUUCGCUGCUCUUGGAAGACCAAGCGGGCUACAGCGUCGGCGAAACCUCCGGCAGAGCCAUCGUGUCGGGCUGGGUCUGUGGCCACAACGUCUCGAACGCGACCGAGCUCGUGAUGCUGCAGUCGGCCGCCGCCAUGGCAUCCUUUGGUGGAAUUGCGGCCGAUCUGUACAUUACAAUCAAGGGCCUUCGCGGGCUGCUUCGGCACAAACCGGUCUUGACAUACGACAUUCUUUCGGGCCUCGAGCGCCGCAAGAUGCUGCUUCUGCUCAUCGUGCUCUCGGGCGUUCCGUCGCUCUUGUACGUCGACGUCGCGCGCAUUUACUAUGGCACGGACAAUGGCGGUCGCAUCUGGGUGCUUUCGAUCCUCUCGCUCGGUAUCUUCAUCGCGUUUACCGCUUACCUCGGCAUUGUGCUCUUGCAGCUCGUACCGAGUCCCCGGCACCUGCUCCACCACCGCCUCCUCCCGUUCUCGACCAGUGUGCUCAUCUACGCUUCGAUUCCGUCCAUCGUCCUCACGGUUUACGGAUCGCACGAGUUCUUGAGCAACAGCUUUUACGACGUGUCGGGUGUGCUGCUCAUGCACAUUGGAGGCAACGAAUGCGCCUGCGGCGCGUACGACACGACCGGCGUCGAGACCGCCACCGCGUACCUCUUGGGCUCGAUUGCGUGGGCGGUCGGCGGCUGCGCAGUCGCCAGCGUCCUCUACGCGAUCUUGUCCAGCUAUCUGCGCAGCCAGAUCUGGUAUCUGCGCACCGAGUGGGCCAAAGACAAUGCAUUUAUGCGCGCCUGUGGUCUGCCGCACUGGUGCUCGGGUCUUCCGCUCGACGAGGCGGACGCGAUCCGCAUCGGCAGCCGCCUCUUCUGCAAGCCCAGUAUGCAGGCGCGCAUGGGCUUUGGCACGUUGCUGCCAUCGGCGCCAAAAGCCCGCGCGGUGCUCGUUCAAGUACCAACCACGGGCGCCGAGGAGCCGACGUACAUGCUCGUAAGCAUCUACGCGCUUCUACCCGCGCUACUGCCGCCGUCGCUUCGACUCAUCUCGCCGCGCCUCUUUGGCGACAUCAAGAAGAAUACCUUGAGCCAGGCGGGCACGCGCCGCCUGCGACGCGGCACGCGGUACGAGCAGAGCGAUGGCACGUGCGUGGGGUGAGCUGCGAGCUCGGUCUCGACAGACAAGACAUUGUCUGCUGGCCCUGCAUCAUGUGAAAUUGCGACCUUGUACAUGCGGCGAGAGCGUCGAGGCGAUGCUGUAGUCUUGAGGAGACAUUGGAAGAAGAUACACUUGUUUUCGAGGUCUCUUCU